AGGGAAUAUAAAAGACCAAAUAGAAGAUAUAGACAAAAAUCCGAUAGAGUCCUUAUCGUUAAAGAUAUAAAAAGAUUAAACCUCUCAAUAGAACACUUAAACGACUUCACAGUUAAGAAAAAUAUUAAAAAAAAUUUAGUUGAAUCAUUUAAUUACUAUUUGGAGAAAGACCAAAUAAGUGCUAAAAAUUUGGAUAUAGAUGAUUUAAAGAUACAAGCUUAUUUAAACAAGGAUACUGAUCCACAAUUUAUUAAUCUAAAUAUAAAUUCUAUACAACAAAAGAAUUUAGCUAACCUUUUCU